UCGACCCAGCCGUCAAAACCACAGUCCCAACCGGGCACAUCAAAGACUAAAGCCACGGCGAAGCCACCCGUUGGUCCUAAGUCCCCAGUUUUUGCAAAGCAUGACACCACCGGCACUCGGACGUUAUCUCCGGCUGGAAAAAGUUCCUCAUCAGCUAGUAAGGUAUGCAAAACUAUCAAAAGCGAUGCCACCGCAAAUCCAGUGAGCCAUUCGGAGACGGCUAUUUCGAAAGCAGUCACCAACGUGAAAAAAUCAGAUCCUGUGAAAAGUAAAAAACCCUCGCCCAGCAGCGAAGCUGUUAAAAAACCCACCACCGGAGAUAAAAAGAAGAUUCAAAAAGAACUCAAAAACCUUGGUAUUACAGACGGAACAAUCCAUCAAAUCGAUACCGCUACAGUUGAAUGCAACCCGUCAAUCAGUGAGAUGGUGAAAACCAAAUCGCGUGCCACUGUCAGUCAGCAGAAAUAUAAUGAGACAGGCUCACUGGGUGGUGCCUCGGGAUCGACGGCAAAGGCUGGCUGUGCCGCGAAACCGGAAACAACUUUAACAAGCGACGGCGGCACUAACAAACCAACGGAAGCCAGCACGAUCACCAUCACACCCAGCGCGACAAACAAAAAACGACCAGGCGCUCAUCCUGCCAGCGGACAUAAGCUGAAGGAUGCUGCAAUCCAGAAACCCACGGACACCAGCAAACGUGAGCUCGCCACCGAGGGUGGGAAAACAAGAAUUCCAGCCACAACGAUUUUGCCUACAUCAGUGCCACAACCUACAACCAUCACCAACGUAGCGGCUGUUAAAGAAGUUGUCAAAACAGCACCGACCAAAUUAUGCGAUAGCAAAAGUAAGACGAAAAAGCCUGAAAACAACGAUGAUAAUAAUGACGCCACAGCAGACCAGCAUAAGCCUACCAAACGCAACACGGGUGCCACUCCGGUGGCGACUCUCCCCAAAGCUAAGGCCAGAACUAAAAAGGUUAUGCUAGAGGAAAGGAGAGCGGCAGAGGCACGGUCGAAGGCAACGACGGAGAUACCGUCAGCUGUAGCCGGUUCCACCGCAUCGCUUUUUGCUGCUUCUGCUGCUGUUAAUGUUUGCACUAAACAUACCGACGAUAAACAAAAGAUUGAGGAGGAAAAAACAUGCUCUCUUGGUGAUCUCGAGCCGGACGACCGGCAUGAGGCCGAUGUUCAGAGUCGCAUCGAAGAUAUUGUAAAGGCUCUGGAGCAGGAAGAUGACGAUGAGAACGACGGCGCGGGGGUGACUAUCCAUCCAAAAACAGAACAGAUUAAGACGGAACCUCCGAUUGGGCUGGAAGAACAAUCCCCUGCUACGAAGGAGAAGACAGUAAAAAAGGCGACCACUAAACCGAAAGGGUCUAAAUCGCAACGAAAGGCGCCGACAAAAAAGAAAACACCCGUCGUCGUUGAGAAGCUGGAAGCUAAAGAUGAAACUCAAAAGAAUUCAAUUACAGUGGAAAAUAAUCCACCCGCUGUUAAGGCCACAGAGGAAUUAUUGGUACCCAAACCGACUGUUGAUGUCAUUCCUGUAAAACGUCCGGAAUCAACAGGUAAAGGUACUGCGACACCGCAGACUAAACGAAAAUAUAUUCGAAAGCCCAAAACAGGGGAGCCUACAGUUAAAAACGUUGAUCAGAAAAAGGUUAACUUUUCCGAAAUACUCCCAACUCGGCUAGAAUCACAUCACACAAAGGAAAAAGAUGCCCAAAAAUCAACUGAAACUGUUCCCACUGGUAUUCUCUCAAAAAGUAGUUCACAUGAAACGGAAUUUCCCGAUAAAAUAUGCGAUAAAGCCACUGCUAAACAACCCGAAUCUCCCGAGCCACCGAAAACGUUACGGUCUUCCACCGAAAAUGACGAUGAUCUGCCGCUCAACCAACUAAAAGAUAAGACAAAAUCAAAAAGCGACUCCCCGCAAGUUUUCACCACUCCGGCACUGGUACCAUCCGCUGCAUCGGCAGAACCGACCAACUCCUCCGGUGUAAACCCACCAGCAGCCACUCCACUAUUAGCGAGUUUGCUCGCCAAACCGACCAAAUCGAAAAGAAAAUACGUUCGAAAGACCCCAGUGAAACAAUCCCCUAAAGUCACUACCCCGGGUGUCGCAACCAAAGAGGUAAAGGAAGAUAAAAAGUCUGAGAAAAAGGAUGUUUACGAUUUCGAUGAUUCGGAGAGUGACAUCGAAACGCCGGUUAAGGGGGGUAAACCAACUUUCAAACGAAAACCUCUCGAAUCAACGUCAACGAUAAAAGAUGAAGAAGACGAUGAAAACAGCGAGGAAGUGCAAGUCUCAACACGGUUACAGAAUGUAAAACCUGUAAGUGAUGAAGUAGAAUUACCAGUGAAGCCGGAGAAAAAGAACGAAAACGGCGCAAGUGAAGAGUCAUCAAACACGAACGAUGUUAAAAAAGCGGUAAAAAAAUCUUCCACUGUCACGGAACGUGUAAGAACUCCGAAAGAACCAACGAAAGUGGAGUCCUCAAACUCAGAACAAUCCGAAGAUGAUUUGGAAAAGGAUCCGGACGAACGCCCACGAACACCAAUCAGCAGAAAGGUGAAACUGGAAGUUCGUGACAGUUCCGACGAUGAAUCCGAUGGUUACUCGUCGGAAGAAUCCGUACGCACAAGAAUAGUGAAGAAGCAACUAACGGCAAAGACGCGCCACCUCAAGCUGUACGGUUUCUGGUCCGGUCCGAAACGGCACCGGGUGGCAUCGUUGAAUGCAAUCGCCAAGGUACACUGUCUGUACGAGAACGAAACUCGAGCCGCGCUAGAGGCUAGCCUGAUGAAGCAAGGAACUUCCCGGGCAGCAGCGGCAGCAACGUCGACGGCAAAGGCUGCUGCAGCUAGUAAAGUGGUGAAGAAAGAAAAACCCGACGAUGAUGAGGAUCGAAAACAUGAUGCUGCUCCGGUAAAGGAAGACAAAAGUGAGAAGAAAGAAAAAGUCGAAGAUAAAAAUCCAAAAGAAAGCAAGACGGUAAAUGUGAAGGAUGAGAAGAAGAAACCGACUAAAUCAGUGACUAUUAAGGAAGAUAAAAAGAAAGAAACGAAGAAAACUGAUGCCAAGGAAGACCGGAAGGAUAGUAAAAAGAAAGAAAAGCAAAAGGAGGAAACGGAGACCGACAGUGACAGUGAAGAGUCCGAGGAGGAAGUAGUAACCCGAACCCUGCGCUGCGUUCCGGGGCUUCGCGGAGCCGGAAAACACUGGGAUCCGAACGCCUCCAGUAUGGAAUCGGAGGAUGACCUUCUGCCGGACUCCGAUGAAACCUACGCUCAGGGUAAAGAUACAGAUCCCGUUAAAAAGCGUAAAAUCAAACGCAAAAUAGUCAAAAAACCAAAACCCAAACCGAAAUGUGAAAAACCAGAAAAGGCAGAAAAACCCGAUCGACCGAAACCGCCAGCCAAGAAAAUUAAACGCGAAGUUAAAGCCCUUAUGUCGGAUAGUGACAAACAGGCAGAGGAAUCCUGUUCGUCCUCGUCUGGUUCUGAGAAACAGACGGUUUCCAAAUCGAAAUCAGCCGAUGCUAAGAAGCGUAAACGGAAGCCCAAGGAAAAGAAGGAAGUGGUGGAAGUUUUGGCCAAAAAGCGAAUGGCCAGUCUGAACGCAACGGCCAUGCUGGCGGCAACCUACGAAGUGCAAAGGAUUCUCUAUCGAAACACUGAUUCCGAUUCGGAUAAUCCUGCUCACAAGCCUAAAUCCAAAAAAGCAAAAGAACAGAAAGAAGCCAAAGAAAAAGAUGCUUCUAAAGCAGAGGAUAAAAAGGAAACAAAAGAAUCCAAAAUUGAGGAAAAACCUGCGGAAGCAGAGAAAGUAGUCGAAAGCACUGAUUUUGACAAAUCGAAGGAAGUGAAUAAAGAACAAGAAAAGGAAGAGGAAAAAGAAAUACCGAAAGAAAGAGAAAAGACUAUCACCGUUAAAACGGAACUAUUGCGCGAAAAAAGAGACGAGUUGGAAGUUAAGCGCGAAAUUGAAGAGCCACGGCCAAUGUCCAGUAAUGUUGUCAUCGCACAGGACACCGAGGUCACCAUUACCGGUGUGUACGUAAACUCGUCCCUCGGAGCCAAUCAAGAAGCUUAUUGUAAAAUGCAAUAUCGCGUGCAGCAAAGUGUAACCGAAGAGCGGUUGGUGCGUCCAGGCGAAGGACCGCCCCGUUCCUACACACCACUGUCAGCCCUGUCCAGCAUGCGACCACCCAACGAUCAAAAUCUAUCGACACCGCCACUCUUCGGUCAACCGUCGACGUGCGAUUCACCGCUGGGGCUGGGUCCACCGCGAUCCUUCUAUCCCCCGCCGACGUCGUCGUCCGGCAGUUCCAGCGCGUUCUGUGCACCGGUUCCACACGACAGCCCAGGCUAUUAUCAACCGGCUGGUCCGUUGAUAUCUCCUCAUCUGCUGCCACAGCCACCGCAGGGUCCGCCGAGUUCCACCUCUCAGCACAGCUCGAGCAGCAGCACCGUGACCAAGCAACCCCCUGAGUCGGACUCUCCAGUUCAAUCACUACAGCAGCCACCGUCGUCAUCGACGGCGGAUAGCACCGAUAGCGAUGUACUACUGACAGGCGGUGACCUAAGCGGUCGGUCACAACCCUACCGGUACGGUCCGACCGGUCCACCCAACAUCUACCCCCGUCCGGUUCAGAUGCACUGUCCACCGCCACCGCAUUUGGCGCCGAAUUAUUACGCGGCUCCGCCGUACAGCCAAUACCCGCCGGAGAUGUACUAUACUCAUGCGUAUCCGCCGGCGCAUUUCUAUCCAAAGUUUGCCCAGUAUUACCCCAGCCGGCGGUACUACCCGGGACCGCCCGGUCCAGGUGAACACAUGUACGAGCAGCCCCCGCCUCCAACGAGUGCUCCGGUGCCACCGCCUGCCGGUGCCCAGCUGGUGCCUGCCGGUCCGCAGGGUCCCCAGCACAUGGAGCACUAUCCCGGUCCGCCUCCGUAUCCGUACCCUGGGUACGGCAGUCCCGGGCCGGGGCCCGGUGGGCAGUGUUACUCCCGUAACCUGCAGCCUCCACCGUAUAUGGAUGCACACUACACGACCAAUUGUCCUUGUCCGAUGCAGUCGUGUCCAAAAAACGUCAAUGCUGGGUCCCUUAUUGGUAUCAAGGCCAGUAAGGGCCCAGUAGCCACCGUAUCAACCCAAAACCAUCAUAUCGCCUCGGCGGCGGUCUAUUCCGCUCCCGCCCAAACUGCUACCGUCAGCAGCAGCAACUACAAAACCGUCUGCGAGCCCAUCAUGAUCUCCUCCGGUUCGUCCACGUCUUCUUCACCGUUGCCGCCGGAUAUUCACGCUCCCAUUGUGUGCCCAGCCGAAGUCGAAACGUCCAUGUGCCACGUAUCUCCAUCGCCAGCUGUAGUGACGCCCGUAACGGCCAGCGUCGCAUGUAGUAGUGCCGCCAUCACCAACACCACUAACACGACCAGCAGCAGCAGCAUCACAACAAUAGCGGAACCAAAUAGAACACCUAAAGUUAAGCCCGAAAGUGACCUGUAUCUGUAUAGUAAGAACUACCACCUGCACCAUCAUCACUAUCACCAGCAGCAUCGUCCGUCGGCACCUCCGCCAACGCAUCCGCUGCAAAACUAUACUCCGACAACCGGGCCGCUGUUAACCGAAGUCAAGGAAGAACCUUCGACGCCUACUCCUGAUGCCGACUCAAAGUCGGUCAAAAACAUUCCUAAACUAAUACCGAUAACAACCGCCCUGGUAAAGCAAGAGAUUACCGAAGUCAAGCAGGAACUACCCGCUGUAGUAUCCUGCAAAAAAGAACACUUUGAGGAGAACGGUCCUGCCAUGACACCGGAUCUGCUUCUCGACGAGGCGUUGAUUAAAAAGGAAGAACUAGUCACAGAGCUUCUGCUACCCAAUCGCUGUUUUGUCCAGAAUCAAAAGCUUGACGAGAAAUGUCUCCUGUCUGAUAUUUUAACCGCGGAAGGUAAUCUGGUAACGAGUAAGACUACAGGUAGUGAUAGUUGCAGUAAUAACAAUAAUAAUAACAACAACAGUAGUAUUAGUAAUGAAAAAGUACAAUUAGUCGAUAGUGUCCUACCUGAUAUCCCAGCAUCUAUGGUGAAGCGAAGACCUCUGCUGGUUGCAUGUAAGAAGGCCACGCCGAAAAAAUCACCACCCAAUAGCUAUAAGAAUCUGAUCAAACGUACAAAUCUGGACGAAGAAAGUACGAUCACCGUACUUAGCGAUGACGAUGAGGAAGAUGAUGAGGAAGAGGAGGUAACACAAAAGAAGCCCAGAAGAAAACUACUUCCAAUGAAACCUAGAAAAAUUUUGAAGCGAACUCGUCGUGUUUUCGGUGCCGAACAGUUAAAACAUCUGAAGAAACUAUCCAGCACAAUGCUACAACCGAACCGAAUGCGAAGGAUCUUCAAACGACCAUCGUGUAUUCCGCGAAAUCCAACCACAUCCCAACAAGCAACAACCAAAACAUCAGAAACUUCGACGCCAACAAAAGAUAACUAUGAGAAUACUCCCAAAACUACUACUCCAGACAAUUCACGACAAGAACCAGAAGUUCCACCGGUAAAGGCUGAUAGUACGAAACUGUCAGAAACUGCACAGGAAAUGGCCGAACGCCCGCGACCCGUUUCCAACGUCGAUCUGACGAUCGAUCUGGUUGCCAAAGGAUACUUCUCUGAACCGGAAAUUCUAUGUCACGAAGUUACACCAAAUUCGCGUCUCAUCAAGAAACUUAAACUACAAAAAGGUCGAUCACAGUCAGAGCAGAACCGUGGAAAGAGGGAGGGUACCAUCGAUGAGAAGCACUCAUCGAAGAAGGCGAAAAAAGUUGACAACCUAGACGUUGAUUUCGACAAACGAAAAGCCAAAUGCAGAUCGAAAAAGUCGGAACAGGUUGAGUCGGACAACAAACAGGCUCCUCCUGCGAAAAACGAUUCACCCAACCCCGCUGCUGGAGACACAAAUAAAGCACUGAAAGUUAAACACCCACACCAACCAAAACCUUCGGAACCGAAGGAAAAGAAACCCAAAAAGGAACACAAGCAGUGUAGCAAAAAGAAAUCCAAAGCGCAAAAACAAAUUGAAAUGGAGAGAGCUACCUCAACGCCGCUUCCGCACGCGGUAGAACUGGAGCCUGCAAAUUUGAAUGUUUCAGAAAUAAAUGCGAUCGAGCCGAUCCCGAGCGUAGACGACCGUGAAAUGGACUUUGACGAUGCCGCUACGGUACUGGUGGACGAUGAUAUGAUGAGCGUCGACACGAAUACGAUGAUCAACAGGCACAAUAACAACAACAGUAGUGGUGUUGAAAAUAAGAAUCCAAUCGCAGAGGAAGAACCAUUAGAACAACCCGCACAAGCGACUGUGCCGGAACUUUCGGCUAGUGGCGACGACGGCAAUCUGGGGCCGGUGGAUGAUGAUGACGAAGACGAGGAGAUUAUGUUGGCCAAACGAUUCGCCAAAAAGGGUACUUCGGUGUUGAAACGUAACGCACGGUCGAGAUCGAAGUCCAAGUCGAGAAAGUUCAGCACCAAGAAGCGUCAUCGUGUGUAUCGUUUGACGACCGAAAUAGAGGAGCUCAUUGUACCGAGAAAGUGUAACAGUGUGCCACGCUGGAGUAACGGGUGGACCUGGGAGGGUCAACCGUUCCAAGGGAAGGUGUUUUUAAAUAGUGAUGAUCUGCCAGUUCUGAGAACUUGCUAUCCUGCGAUGCGGCAUUCGGAAGGAGACAUCAUCAGACCGAGAGACUGCGUAUUGCUUCGGGCUGGCAGCAAGCGAGCUGAGCUACCUUACGUAGCGAAAGUGGCAUACCUAUGGGAGAACCCAGAAGAUGGUGAAAUGAUGAUGUCCCUGCUGUGGUACUAUCGUCCCGAGCACACAGAGCAGGGACGACAACCAACCGAUGGACCGGAUGAGGUUUUCGCAUCGCGUCACAAAGAUCACAACAGCGUAGCGUGCAUCGAAGAUAAAUGCUACGUGUUAACGUUCAGCGAGUAUUGCAGAUUUCGUCGCCAGCUGAAGGGCUUCGAAGAGAACAUCGAGGAGCACCCCUCGAUAGUGCCACUGCUGCGGCGCGAGAAUCCCCGCCUGCCGCCUCCGGUGGUGGCGCCCGAGCUGGUCAUGUACUGUCAGCGUGUAUACGAGUUCCGGCUGAAGCGUCUCCUCAAAACACCCUCCUAGUGUCGGCGGUUGGUGGUAGAGCGACGGGUUCCACCCAAGCCUACCGCCGAGCAACUUUCCCAACCGCUGCAGCCGGAUAGCAGCUCCAAAGGCAGCGACAGUGGAACUACAUCAGCAACAAUCAAAUCACAUAUCCGCAGAUGAAUCCGACACUUCGACCCCUUCGAACCGCUCACAGUGACCGCGUGGUGUCCGUAUGGCGCUAGUAGCAGACCGUCGUCGAUCGGCCGACCGACCGACUGACCGGAGUCUGUUUGUUUGUACCCAGCCAGGCUGAGCUGAUUAGCCUGACAAUUUACUAUUUCGGUAACCGACUUUUCGCAUUAUAAUACGUUUUGAGAUCUAGUCCAGAGGUGCAUGAACUUGAUGCAUGUCGGCCACCUAACUAUAGCUACUAGCAUACAUACAAACACUCCCAGUGAGUCGUUUUCGAAAUUUCAGUCAGUUCCAAGUAUGAAUGAUACACGUACUUUUUCUUUUAUUUGCUAUUAAUUUAUACUCUUGUAUUAUACAUUUAGAAAAUCUUUUGCCUCACGUACGAUCAUUUUGUACAUCCAGUUAUUAUCUUUAUAUUUUCGUUUUGUUGUUUUUAACGGUUAAUAAUAUUAUUUGUAUAUAUUUCUCUAUCCUUUUUUAUCCUUUUUUGUAACGAUAAGACAAAUGAAGUUCGAAGCAGAAUCAAAAUCUAUUCUAAAUGGACAGUAAUUAAGAUAAAAAAAAUCUACGAUUAAAUCUUUCGAACGUGUAUUUAUUGUUAGCAGCAAGUCAGUGGAGAACAUACUAAACAAGGAUCAUCAUUAUUAAUCAAAAAAUACAGCUUAUUGAUGGUCAGAUGUUUCCAUUUUUUGUUUCUCUCUAUUUUGAGUAUACAUUUGAUGGGAUGAGUCCCGAAACGAUGCUAUGAUUGCAUAUUUUGGUGGCGCAAAUUAAAAAAAAAAACAGAUGAUCAAACAAUAAAUCAUAAGCCAAAUUGGGAUUAAAAAGCUAAAUUUUUUACCAUCGGUACAUUCGAUGUUUUUCUGCUUGAAUUUUUUGCACUCAGUGCAAAUGCCAUGCGUCUUUGAUAAAAUUUCGGGAGCCAUUGAAACUCUUUGCUGAUAAUGAAAGAACCAUUUUUGGUUAAAUAUUAGAACCAAUUCGAGCAAUUCGAAUUUUUCUGCAUUUAAUAAACAAAGUAAAUUAUAUUGAUUAAAAACUAUACAGCAGCAGCAGCACAUGCAUUAUAUGAAGGAAAAAAAACAGUUAUUCGCAGAGUGAUGCUAUGUAGAAGGAAUCUUCUGUUUGAUUUCCUCCGCAACAGAACGUGACAAGAUUAGUUAAAAUAAAUGGCAAAAAAACAAGCAAAACUUACACAACAAGAUGCGCAAAACCAACCACACCUAUUGUUAUUGCUACACUGAAUAAUGUAUCAGUACCUUAUUAUUUAAAACAAACAGAAGAGAGUAAAAUAAACAAAAUGAAAAAAACACUAAGUAUAUUAAAUAAAUAUUACUAUGAUUAUAUAUUAGACACAAAAUUAAUAUAUACACUUAUACAGUAUGAACGUGGAAAUACAAGUGUAAGUAGAAUAGAUGAAUUGUUUAACCAAUACCAUUUGCAUAAUUACCGGCGAAACAAUCCAUGUCAGAUUCCAGAAUCGUCAUUCUAUGUUGAACACGUCCAAACCUUCCCAGUGGUUUAACAAGUAAUUUUAUUUCCUGCGAAGAACAAAAAACUACAACAACAUCUAGCUUCUCUAACAAAUGAAGCACCGCACUGCACCUUACAAAAAACUAAAUAAAUAAAUAAAAGGAAACCGAAACGAUAAAGCCAUUUUAAUAGCCAACAGUAAAUAGAGCAGUCAGAGCACUAGGCGCAACCCGUAAGUUUGGACAAUGUUUGGAACCUAUACACUAAUACUAACCGAAGCAUCCAGCAAAAACAAAAACAUAAUCGUAACGAAAGUUCUAAAAUUAAACUUGUCACUCUAGGCCGCAUCGCAAAUUACAUUUCACAAUGUUUUGAUUUGUAACCCCCCCUCUCCCCCCUAUCCCCUUUGGGGACCACCCGUGCUAAUGUAAGAUCCAACCAUCGUCGCAGUAUCCUCUAGCUAAGCGCUAAGUGUAUUUUCAACAAAUGGUUUAAGUAGCUUUACAAGUGACUGGCAGGUACCUACCCCACUCGUUCGGUUAAGUUCGAAGAGCAGAAACUAGAUUUACAUACUACCCGCUGGCCACCGGGCCAGCCAUUGGUUGCUAGUUGCUAAGUUAUAGAUCCCCCUCACUUACUCUAACACUCUAUGUUGUAUCAUAAUGGACAUUUUAAGGCAGUUCUUUUACGUACAGAAUAAGUUUGAUAGUAGAGUACAUAUUUGAUUGAAUAAAAAAAAGAAGCAAGCCAGAAGGUGAAAAACUAAUUUAAAGUUAAUUAUUAGGGGCAGAUUGACGUUGAACAGAUAAUGGUUUUACAAAAUGGCAAACAUCAAAGCAGAAAUUUUACCAAAAUCGAUUGAUUGAAAUGAACGAAGAAAAAAAACAAAACAAGAACUAUGUGGCAAUUAACAUUGGGCAAAAAUAUA